AUGGGGUGCACCUGCCGAGGACGUGCCGGGAAGAAGGGUCUCCGGGCGGUGCCCCUUUUGUCCUACCGCAGCGGUGGCCUGGGCACCGUGCUCCGGGUGACAGCGGGUCCCGAGCGCGGGAGGGUAGGGGAGCGGGAGAGGAGGGAAGGUGCUUCCACCCACCUGUCCGGAUCCUGCCGGCCCUACCGCUACCAUCCCCCUGAAGCUGGCCAGCGGACUCUGCAGGUCUCUGCGGGUCUUGGGGCCCUGGGUCCCAGUGGAGCUCUGCAUUGGAGGAGCUCAGCCCAGGUGGGGAUCCCUGAGAGCCCAGAGGGCCCCGAGGUCACAGAGCCCAGUCGGCUGGUAAGGGAGAGCUCCGGGGGAGAGGUCCGAAAGCACCAAGUGGACACCAGGGUCCGCCAGGAUCCACCCAGGGGGACGCCCGUGCACCUGGCCCAGGUGAGUUUCGUCAUCCCAGCCUUCAACACAAACUUCACCCUGGACCUGGAGCUAAACCAUCACCUCUUGUCCUCGCAGUACGUGGAACGCCACUUCAGCCGGGAGGGGACAACUCAACACAGCACUGGGGCUGGAGACCACUGCUACUACCACGGGAGACUCCGAGGCAACCCACACUCUUUGGCUGCGCUCUCCACUUGCCAGGGACUGCAUGGGGUCUUCUCUGAUGGGAACCUGACUUACAUCAUAGAGCCCAAGGAGAUGGCUGGGCCUUGGGGACCCCCACAGGGACCCCUUCCCCACCUCAUUUACCGGACCCCUCUCCUCCCAGCCCCCCUCGGAUGCAGGGAACCAGGCUGCCUGUUUGCUGUCCCUGCCCAAUCUGCUCCUCCCACCUGGCCCAGGCUGAGAAGGAAAAGGCAGGUACGCAGGGGCCACCCCACAGUGCACAGUGAGACCAAGUAUGUAGAAUUGAUUGUGAUCAACGACCACCAGCUGUUCGAGCAGAUGAGGCAGUCAGUGGUCCUCACCAGCAACUUUGCAAAGUCUGUUGUGAACCUGGCGGAUGUGAUAUACAAGGAGCAGCUCAACACAAGAAUUGUGCUGGUUGCCAUGGAAACAUGGGCAGAUGGGGACAAGAUCCAGGUGCAGGAUGACCUACUGGAGACCCUGGCCCGGCUUAUGGUCUACCGGAGGGAGGGUCUACCUGAGCCCAGUGAUGCCACCCACCUCUUCUCGGGUAGAACCUUCCAGAGCACCAGCAGUGGGGCAGCCUACGUAGGGGGCAUCUGCUCACUGUCCCGGGGUGGAGGUGUGAACGAGUAUGGCAACAUGGGUGCUAUGGCGGUGACCCUGGCCCAGACACUAGGGCAGAACUUGGGCAUGAUGUGGAAUAAACACCGGAGCUCGGCAGGGGACUGCAAGUGUCCAGACAUCUGGCUGGGCUGUAUCAUGGAGGACACUGGGUUCUACUUGCCCCGCAAGUUCUCGCGUUGCAGCAUCGACGAAUACAACCAGUUUCUGCAGGAGGGAGGUGGGAGCUGCCUGUUCAACAAGCCCCUCAAGCUCCUGGACCCUCCCGAGUGCGGGAACGGCUUCGUGGAGGCGGGGGAGGAGUGCGACUGCGGUUCGGUGCAGGAGUGCAGCCGGGCGGGUGGCAACUGCUGCAAGAAAUGCACCCUGACUCACGACGCCAUGUGCAGCGAUGGGCUCUGCUGUCGCCGUUGCAAGUACGAGCCACGAGGUGUCUCCUGCCGAGAAGCGGUGAAUGAGUGUGACAUCGCUGAGACCUGCACCGGCGACUCAAGCCAGUGUCCCCCCAACCUUCACAAACUGGAUGGUUACUACUGUGAUCAUGAGCAGGGCCGUUGCUAUGGAGGCCGCUGUAAAACCCGGGACCGGCAGUGCCAAGCCCUUUGGGGCCAUGGGGCUGCAGAUCGUUUCUGCUAUGAGAAGCUGAAUGUGGAGGGGACAGAGCGUGGGAACUGCGGGCGCAAGGGAUCCGGCUGGGUCCAGUGCAAUAAGCAGGAUGUGCUCUGUGGCUUCCUCCUAUGUGUCAACAUCUCUGGAGCUCCUCGGCUAGGGGACCUGGGGGGAGACAUCAGCAGUGUCACCUUCUACCACCAGGGCAAGGAGUUGGACUGCAGGGGAGGCCACGUGCAGCUAGCUGAUGGCUCAGACCUGAGCUAUGUAGAGGACGGCACAGCCUGUGGGCCCAACAUGCUGUGCCUAGGUCACCGUUGCCUGCCAGCCUCUGCCUUCAACUUCAGCACCUGCCCGGGCAGUGGGGAACGCCGGAUCUGCUCCCACCAUGGGGUUUGCAGCAAUGAAGGGAAGUGCAUUUGCCAGCCAGACUGGACAGGCAAAGACUGCAGCAUCCAUAACCCCCUGCCAACGUCCCCUCCCACUGGGGAGACUGAGAGAUACAAAGGUCCCAGCGGUACCAACAUCAUCAUUGGCUCCAUCGCCGGGGCUGUCCUGGUCGCAGCCAUCGUCCUGGGCGGCACGGGCUGGGGAUUUAAAAACAUCCGUCGUGGAAGGUAUGACCCGACCCAGCAGGGGGCAGUGUGA